AUGAAGGAAGUUGAGAGGGUUUACAGUAACAUUUGUUUUAUUCCAUGGAAAAACAGAACCUUGGAUAUAAAAGACCCAGUUCAAGUUGUUGCUUCCUAUGAACCAACAAGAGAAGAUGUUGGAACAAUGGUUAAUGGUGUAAUCGGUUGUAUUCCAGGUAUUGGUGCCUUGUGUAGUUCCGUUUUCUCGAUUUUCUGGAAGAAUGCAGUCGAUCCACCCGAAACAAUUGAGUCGAAACUUGUCAAAUUCAAGAAAGAGAUUCUCGAUAUUGUCGACAAGAAAAUCAAGGAUGGAAGCAUUCAAAUUUGGAAAGAUCUUUGUAGCUCUUCACUCGAUGGUUUGAAGAAUGGUUCUCGUGAACUGGCCAACAGAAUCGAGAUUAUCAAUACUCUUCUCUAUGAGAAUAAAAAGAUCAGUUCUGAGACCAAAUCACUCGUCCAGACCCAAUUGGAUAUCUGUAUCAACUCUGUUGAGAAUCUAAUUGCUUUGUGCGCCAAUGACUCCUAUGACAACUACGUUCUUCAAAACUACGUCCAGGCGCUCCUCACCCUCACCAUGUUUAGAAGACUACAAGACGCCUUUUGGUACCAAUUCGGUUACCACUCAUACCAAGUGUGUGGUAGAUAUCCAAUCGAGGGUAAGACCAAAGGUGUCAAGUCGUUCCGUGAGAUGUUCCACGACAAACUCAUCGCAGGAAUCAACGACGUUGCCAACUGUAUGUCAGAGAACUGGGCCGAAGACGAAGGUAAAUACAACGAAGGUCUCGAAGCGGUUCCACAACUUCUCAAGAACGAUAUGUACAUCUACCCAGUACCAUUGGUCGUUUUGGACUCAUUCCCAGACACCAUUCAAGUCAAAGACAAUCCCGUUAUCUACAGAAUCGACGCCUGGAAAGCACCGAUUAAGGAAGGUCUCGCCUCGGGAGGUGUGAACCCACGACCACCAUACGACCCAAUCACCGGAUGCUACGGAGUCGAUUUCCUCCACAAAGCUGGUUUCAACUUGAAGCUCAGUGAGAACUGUCGUUUCCAAAUCAGAGUGUUCGGUUGCUACGCCUGGUACUACAACGCCAGAAUGUACUGCACCGUAACCAAUGACAAGAAUAGCAAGGAGUACACCACCGAUCUUCGUGACUUCGAAUUCCCAGUCAGAAGCACCUUCAGAAAUCCACACAUUAUGGCAUCAUACAAGAAGUUUGAAACUGGAAUUGCCUGCUCACCACAUUUCGAGGGUAAAUCGGUUAAGGUCAGAACUGCCGAAGGUGAUAGAACCUCUCAUUGCAUCGAGAAGUUGUUCUUCUUUGAAAUCGUUGUUUCCAAGAUCGUUUCACCAACCAUCGCCGCCAAAAUAUUUAAUUACUAUUUAAACAUCUUUAUUAUUACUGUAAACAAACAAUUUCAUUGGUUUGCUGAUUUAUCAGUUGCAGUUGGAUGA